AGGAAUGCUAAAUAGUCUGAAUAAGCUGCAGAGAGCAUUAAAAUAUUUUCUAGUUUGAAUCUGUUGAGAAAACAUAGGUAAACGCACUAUGCUUCCAGUUGGUUUUAUAACGAUUUUAGUAAUAACUUUCAGCUUUGGUACAACAAGUACAUAUGAAAUCCAACGAAAACCAGUAUCUGUAUUUGGAGUAAAUUUAACUUCAUCAGUUGAAGAAAAUGAUGAAGAACUGCUUAAUUCUCCAGAGCAGAUAAAUUUAGUGGAGAAUUCAACUGCAGUGAAACAAAAAGCAAGUUGUAAAUGUGAGAAUGGACAUUGUGUUGUAAAUACCGAUGGAAGAGCAGUCUGUCAGUGUCCACCAGAGUUUUUUUUGGAUGACGAUAACACAUGCAAAGCAUGCCACUGUGGUCAAGGGUCCAACUGCACGAUUGAGGGAGACAUUUUAAAGUUUAAACUAUGUAUUUGUAAAGAAGGAUAUAAAACUGGAAUGUUUACAUGUAUAGGUCCUUGUACAGUAAAUCCUUGUAAGAACGGGGGCACAUGCGUAGACAUUCCGAACUCUUACAAAUGUUCAUGUCCAGCUGAAUAUACUGGUGCUAUAUGCGAAAGGAAACUGCCAGAUCCAUGCAGCUCGGAACCUUGUCAGAAUGAUGGAGAAUGCAACGUAGAAAUGGGGAUCUAUCAUUGCACAUGCAAAACUGGCUAUUUUGGAAAAAAUUGCGAAAUGAACCCAUGCAGUUCUAAUCCUUGUCAAAAUGGUGGUGAAUGCGAAAUAGAUAUGGGAACCUACAAAUGCACAUGCAAGCCUGGAUAUUCUGGAAGAAACUGCGAAAUGAGUCCAUGUAGCUUACUACCUUGUGAGAACAAUGGUAACUGCAGCAUUGAAAUGGGAACUUACAAAUGUAGCUGUGAGCCUGGAUUUUUUGGAGAAAAUUGCGAAAAUGGUGAGUGUUUCAUGAAAAUCCUUUCCAAAAUGGAAUAA